AUGGCUGAGACAAACUGCACCACUGUGACAGAGUUCAUUCUGCUGGGAUUGUCAGAUGUCCCCGAGCUGAGAGUCCUCCUCUUCCUGGUGUUCCUUCUCAUCUAUGGAGUCACAGUUUUGGCCAACCUGGGCAUGGUGGCACUGAUCCAGGUCAGCUCUCARCUGCACACYCCCAUGUACUUUUUCCUCAGCCACUUGUCCCUUGUGGACUUCUGCUACUCUUCAAUCAUAGUGCCCAAAAUGCUGGCCAACAUCUUUACCAAGGACAAAGCCAUUUCCUUCCAGGGCUGCAUGGCGCAACUCUAUUUAUUUUGUACUUAUGCAAUUACAGAGGUCUUCCUGCUGGCAGUGAUGGCCUAUGACCGCUUCGUGGCCAUCUGCAACCCACUGCUGUACAUGGUCAUCAUGUCCCAGAAGCUCUGUGCAGGGCUGGUCUCUGGCUGUUAUCUAUUAGCAUCGGUGUGUGCUCUGAUUCACUUGUGCUUAACACUUGAGAUACCACUCUACAGUUCAAAUGUGAUCAAUCACUUCUUCUGUGACUUACCCCCACUCUUAAAUCUUGCUUGUUCUGAUGUCACUGUAAAUGAGUUGCUGUUAUUCAUUUUGGUCAAUUUCAAUGAGGUCUUUACCAUCACGAUCAUCCUCACCUCCUAUGUAUUCAUUCUCAUCACCAUCCUGAAGAUGCGGUCUGCAGAGGGGAGGCGCAAAGCUUUUUCCACCUGUGCCUCCCACCUCACAGCCAUUGUUGUCUUCCAUGGAACAAUCCUGUUCAUUUAUUGCCAGCCCAGUUCUGGCACUAGUCUGGAUAUUGACAAAGUGACCACAGUGUUCUACACUGUGGUGAUCCCCAUGCUGAACCCGCUGAUCUACAGCCUGAGGAACAAGGAUGUGAAAGAAGCUCUCAGAAAAGUUGUGGAUUCUAAAAUAUUA